ACUAUUACCUAAAGCCUAUGGUGCACCUAACGAAACAGUAAUUGUGACUAAAAUCUGGGAAAAAAUUCCGGUCAAUAAGAUGGAAGGUCGAACAGAAUGGCCAUUGAAGCAUGUGCAGCCUCCUAAAGUCCCAUUUAGACAUCAAUUGUCAAAGUCCGUUGCUGAUGCACCCUACCUUCGGGUUCAGUGGUUUUAUGCGAUAGAUCGGCCAGUACGAAAGUCAAAAACUGGAGUUUUAGAAACAAAAAAAUCAAAAAACUUCAAACCAUUUUCUGUCGAAGACUCUGACCGGAUCGAAGCUGCUUACCAAAACACAGAAGACCAAGAUGGGCAGUCGGACACAAUUAGGGUAAAUGAGGAUUAUUUGUAUGCCGUUAAUGUAGUAUCAAGAGAGCUGUUUCCGAUUUAUUGGGAUGGACCUGUUUUUCGUAUUUUAAGAGGAACCUGGUUUUAUGCCCGAGGCGAUAAAUUGUAUCCAUGCGAAGAGAAUUUAGCAUUACAGAUUGAGGAAGGAUAUUUGAAUAUAUGUCCUCACAGAGAAAAAACUGAAGAAAAAGAUGAUCAAUCCAUGUCAACUCAGGGAAAAACUUGGGCUCUACUUGGAAAAUACACUGGAGCAUUUAUUGAAUAUUCCGGAGAAAGAAGCGCCAAAAUGCACUUUGGAGGCUUCUAUCGAAAUGUGUCGACAAAAAUUUUUACAAAAAUAUCUUAUUCUGCUAACCAUCGAAGUGAUAAGUUAAUCCGAGGAUACGAUAAUUCUUCCUCCAUGGCCGCAACUCCAGAUUUCAGGUCUGCUGCAAAUUCUGCAGUAGCUGAUUUCAGCUCUUCAAGCACAUUAGUUAAUGAUUCGUCUGAACCAAAUGAUUUACUUUCACCUUCUUUGACCGAAUCGGCGUCGGAAAUCCCUAUUUCUUCAGAUGCCGCACAUAUAAAAUCGACUCCGGAUCGUGAAAUUAAUCACCUUAUUCUCUGUUGCCAUGGUAUUGGACAAAAGAUGGGCGAGCGCGUGGAAACGGUGAAUUUCGUAAGAGACAUUAAUGAAUUUCGAAAAACAUUAAAGAAGACGUUCAACGCUUCACCUGAUCUGCAAGCUUUAUACCCUAAUUUUAGAGGUGGCGGAAAUGGAAUUCAAUGCUUACCAUUACUAUGGCGCCAGGAUAUUCAUUUUGGUAUGGCACGUGACAGUAAAUCUGAAUUUAAUGAAGAAGAAGAAUCCGAAUAUUUUGAUAUUUCAAAAGAUCUUGCUCUCGAUGAUUUGAGCGAAGAUCCUAAUCCCACGCUAGAAAGUAUCAAUAUACCAACGGUUGUAGGCCUAAGGAGCAUUAUUUCCGAUGUUUUGUUGGAUGUUUUGCUAUACUGCCAACCAAACUACAGGGAAAGAAUUUUGGUUGCUGUUGUUAAACGUCUCAACCGUCUUUAUCACCUUUAUUUAAAGAAUAAUCCCUCAUUUCACGGUCAAGUUUCUUUGCUAGGACAUUCAUUAGGUGCCUUGAUUUUAUUCGACAUAGUCCGGUUUCAGGGAAACAUAAGGUAUCCUCGGCUCCAGCUUGAUUUUCCUGUUAAUAAUUUUUUUACACUCGGUAGCCCCCUUGGUCUUUUUCAAAUGUUAAACGGAAAGCGGAUAGCAGGGCCAACACCUCGCAGCGGUAUUGCUAGGAGUGUCAGUUGUUCAGAAAAUCACGUUGAUUCAACCGUUUCUGUUCUCCGCUGCAACAAUUUUUACAAUAUAUUUCAUCCAACUGAUCCCAUUAGCUAUCGGGUUGAACCUCUUAUAGUGAAAAAUAUGUCACAUUUAAAGCCUCAAAGUAUUCCGCACUUUAGACCUUACAGUAAUGAGAAUGGUUUAGGUGUUGGUCACAGACUCGCGGAUGGUGCAUUAAAUAUACUAUCUGGAUUACGUUCUGGUAUCGCAAAUACUUUGAUUUUAAAGUCCCUUAGUUAUGCAUCAGUCUUUAACGAAGCCACCGCCAACCAUAAAGAACAGGUUGUUGGGGAAGGCAAUCAAGCAUAUCAAAUUGAUGAAAGAAUGUAUCGUUUAAAUAAAACUGGCCGCGUUGACUUUAUGUUGCAAGAAGGAUCACUGGACGCAUCUUACAGUUAUGUUUCUGCAAUGAAUGCUCAUUCCAAUUACUGGAAAAACGCCGACCUGGCCCAUUUUAUACUAACCCAAUUACUAUAAUUAUACACCUGUAACGUUAACAUACCGAUGAUCAGAGCUUAUGAUAUAUCUGGGAUUUUUGGCAAAACUUAUUUAAUAACGAAGCAUUGAUCAAUGCCUAACACUUACGCUGGUUAACGAAAUGUGCUUUUAGUUUUAAUAUCUAUUUUAAUAUAUUUAUACGGUCUUAUUAAUUUAACAAAUUCCAGUGAAUUUGCUUUGAAAGAGUAUGUCCAAUUAACAGUACUUUCCUUUCAACUUAGUAGAUAUUGAUAACUGUUAUCUUACAAAGUGAUAUUCCUUUUUACUGAUCGAG